CGCUGUGAGAGGCGGAAACGAUGGCCCUGGAACCAUAAGGUUGUUGCUCCAAGCAUUUCUUUUGUGUUCCACAACCCGUCAUCAUCACCAUCGCCAUUAUCAAACCCCCUCGACCUGUAUCAUCAUCGCAAAAUACGACUCGUGGGAAGCGUACUUUUAAUAUUUUCGCAGUCGCCAAUUGUCAGCAACAGCCUCAUGUUCUUGUAACAAUAAUCGUUCUCCCUUUCGUUGAAAACCGCUACUCCUUGUAUCACAACCUGCACCAUGAGCGCAUCUAGCGCCGCUCGCCUCGCGAGCCGCCAGCAGAUUGGCUUGGCCUCACGAUCGCUCGCCCGUGGCGUUUCCCCUGCCCUCCUUUCACGUCAUAUUGCCCGCAACACACAUAUCCCGGCUCUUGCCCUCCUCGUCCCCGUAAGAUACAUUGGGACUGAGCAGCACCGUCCCGAUACCUCAUCAGCGCCACCCCCGGGAUUCAAUGUCGACCAAGCCAAGAAGCCCCUGGCUAGCAACGACGUUAAAACUCAAGCAUCCAAGCCCGACUUGACAAAAUCCGAGACAACAAAGGACGAUGCCAAGCUGGCUGAACUGGAGGUCAAGCUUGAUGAACAUGCCAGCAAAAAAGAGGUCUUGAAGAAAGAAAAGGAGGAGAAGAAAUUGACGCUGUGGCAAAAGGUCAAGAAGGAGGUCCAACACUACUGGGAUGGUAGUAAGUUGUUGGCCGCCGAGGUUCGCAUCAGCUGGAGGCUGGCCCUCAAGAUGACAGCGGGCUAUGAGCUCACACGCCGUGAACAUAAGCAGCUGCAGCGCACAGUCAAGGACCUGGGUCGCCUCGUUCCCUUUUCUGUCUUUAUCAUUGUGCCUUUCGCUGAAGCGCUUUUACCCAUUGCCUUGAAGCUCUUCCCCAAUAUGCUUCCGAGCACCUUUGAAGGACAAAAGUCUAAGGAGGCCAAGGCGGCUCUGCUACGCUCUACCCGCAAGGAUGUGAGCACGUUCCUCCAGGAGACGCUGCGUGAAUCUGGGUUGCCACUCAGCCCGGCCACUGCCCAAAAGGAGGAAUUCGCCAACUUCUUCCGUAAGGUUCGAUCGACUGGCGAAGCUCCCACCAACGAGGAUGUUAUCAAGGUUUGCAAGGUCUUCCGCGAUGAUCUGACUCUUGAUAAUCUGUCACGCCCGCAGCUGGUUUCCAUGUGCCGCUACAUGAACCUAAACACAUUUGGUACCGACAUGAUGCUGCGUUACCAGGUUCGCCACCGCAUGAAGCAAAUUAAAAGAGACGACCGUGCUAUUAGCUACGAAGGUGUCGAUAGCUUGACUGUUGCUGAGCUGCAGAUGGCUUGUGCCGCUCGCGGAAUCCGAACCCAUAGUGUGUCGCCCGCCAGAAUGCGCAGCGAUAUGCAAACUUGGUUGGAUCUACGUCUUCGUGAGGGUGUUCCAUCCACGCUUCUUGUCCUGAGCAACGCUUACAUGUACGGCCAAGGGUCUGGAGAAGGUUCGAGCCAAAUUGACGCUCUCAUUGGCGUUUUGUCUUCCAUUCCUGAGGAGCUGUUCCACGAGAUUGAGCUCGAGGUUCACAAUGCCGAAGGUGCCGCAACGAACAAGCAGCGUCUUGAAGUGUUGCGCGAACAGCAGGAGUUGAUCAAAGAAGAGAACGAACAGAAUGAAGAGAGUCAGAGCACUGGUAUGGCUACUCCUCGUGAUGUCGAAGAUAUUGACGAGAAGGAAGAGGUGAUUGCCAAGGCCGGUGAAGCUGCGGCCCCUCAAGCUAACGAGAUGUUGGCUGCUGAGAAGGAGCAGGCUGCUGCGGAAGAGCAGAAGAAGAAGCAAGAGUAAGCAGCACGCAGGCUGUGCAAACACAAUGGCCGGGUUUGUUUGCCAUUAUACAUUCAUUUGGAGACACUACACAACACCAUCCACUCUACCACGACUUCAAUUCUUUCAACACUUGUACUUUUUAUAUUCUAAAUGAUUUCACGGCUCCAACAGGCAUUGGCGGAACGGAAUAUUGCAACAAAAAACAAAUCAAAGCAACCAAGAGAAACACAGCAUGCUCAAGUGAUGAUGAACAGCCAUAUGUAUCUCUGGAACACUCCGGAAAGGGCAGCGCAUAAUAGACAUCUUGACACCUUGAUAACUCUAAAUAGACGGUUUGAAUAAAUUCUCUGCAACAACG